CCAUGCUCUAAUACGAGCACGCAUCUGCUUGCGCCUCAUUGGACGCAGGAAAGCCACAUUAAGAAGACCUAUUUAGAAAUGAAUUGAGUGAUGAGAAAAUGGAAAGUAGAUUCCAGGAACAAAUGGGGUCACUUAGUUAGUUCUGAAAACGAGGCACAGUGCUUACAGGUGUUGGGAAUGGUUGGGAGAAAGUUAGGGGCGACCAAGCCAAAACAUAGCGUCAGUGUUUGAAGUCACUAACUUCUGGUCUGAGUCAUGUUGGUAGAUGCAGUCUAGUUGGUUGGUGCCCGCGUGACUAACGUAACCAAUGGUUGGAGGCUCUGGGUGACAUGGCUCAGAAUCGAUCACAAUGGCGUAGGUGUAUACACUCUUUGUCUUCCCUUAAACUAUGAGAUUAAAAUUAUGUCACAUCUUUCUUUCUACGGACUAAUUCUUUCUUCCUGUACUAUGUCCUUAUAUGCUAUCUUUCUUUUAUGUAUUACCACCACUACUUCUAUGAAACUGGUGUUCAUCUUGUUGUGCUAAUGAAGUGUGGCAACUUGGACCGGUGUAUGUAUGUGCCUGGUCCUACGUUGUAGCUGACUGACUGAACUUGUUGUUGAGAGUUAUCUUGAAUCCGUUGAGUUUAUCAGUAUGCCUAAGGAAGGCUUUAUUGAACCUUUGUAAUGCUGUUUCCCCAGUUGUCCAGUGUUUCUUUAGCUUCAGUUUCAUGCUGACCACGACUACGUGGUGAUCUGAAAGUAUUUCAGCUUCCAUUUUGGUUCUCACAUCUUCCAUUGUCUUUCGGAAUUUUUUAUUGAUACAAAUGUGAUAUAUCUGGUUCUCUGUGCUGUGGUCCGGUGAGAUCCAUGUAACUUUGUGUAUGCGUAUGUGUGGGAAUAUUGUGCCGCUCAUAAUCAAUUUGUUGAAUGUACAUAGAAUUGAAAUCUGUCAAUAUUCUCCUUUAUCUCUCCCAGUCUAUGUCGUCCCAUGAUAUCUUCAUAUCGUUUAGAUCUCCCGUUAGAAUGGUGAGGUUUUCAUUUGGGCAAUUCGCUAUGAUUGAUUGCAGUCUCUCAUAGAACUGAUCUGAAUCCAUGAGAUUCCGAUUCUAUACGUACUCUUCGUGCUUCUUCGGACAGUGUCAGUGCAUCUCCUUAUGUGCACGAAACAUUUUCUUCUUGAUGAUUAGAGUACGACUGCACCUCUCGUGAAGCUACUCUUUUCUGUUGAUAUUGGGUCCUCUUGGUUUCACUUAUUUCGAACACUAUCACGUUGUAUCUCUUCAUUUGUGUAGCUAUUUGAUUGGUUCUCUCGGUCUUUCACGUUGUCCGGACAUUCCAUUUACCUACAUUAUUUGUUGUUCUGGUUUUUAGAAAGGAGCAUCGGCCUCGUGACUUCUGAAGAAUCUCGGUUUUUAGCAUGAGGAUUCGUAAUUCUUUUUAACGUCGACUCUCCAAUUGCCAGUUCAGACUUUAAGUGGUCAAAAUGAUGUCUUCUAGUGAUCUUUCUUAGCAAAGUUGUUUUCUACUGGAUAGGGUUGCUAACCCCAUACACAGCUUUUUGUCAAGAUUUGUGACCAACAGUAACCCUAGAAAAGCUACAGACUUAGUUUUUUAUUCACGUAUGUUUAGUUUGUUUUUAAACUUUAUAUUAUUAGGAUGAAAUUCGAUCAAGCUACUUGAGUUUUACGUCUUUAAUUUCUCGGAUUCAAUGUUAUGCUGGUUAUUAUGUAUGCCAUUUUACACCGCGUCUUAAACUUCCGUUAACUUUUGUAAUAUUGAACCACGGUUCCAUCGUUCCCUAAGUUAAUCACAUCCCCAUAUCCUCUCGUUGCUGAUAUUCAUCUUAGAGAAUGAAGAUUGUGAAGAGGACUCUCUGUCAGAUGAAAUGUCUGUUGAUGAUUCACAUGAGUCAACAAGUGAAAACCAAUGGAAUGCAACGGAAGCGACAUCUGAUCAUCUAGAAUCUGAGUUAUCUGGAAAUUCUGAUAUAGAAUGUGCUUCGAUAGCAAGUCAUACCGCCCAUACAAUGGCAGCCAGCGCUACCUCUACGUUCUCAUCUGCUCAGUUAGCGAAAUUCCGGGCUGCCAGAAUGGAAGAAAUGUUUCCGGAUGAGGUAAUGUUUCCGUAUUUCUAAGCUGACGUACUUUUUACACUAGUAAAUUGCUAACAAAAUAGUUACAAUAAAAACUUAAAAAUCAUAUCAGGAAUCUAACAAUUCGUCAGCAAUCCAUCUACCCGAUUGGUCAUUUUUAGUAACUUGCUCCAUAUCAUAUAUUGUUGACAGUUAAAGCGAACUGGUUAUGUACAUCAUGUCCGGCUAUUAGCAGUUUAAACUUGUUAUCACUCCUACUCAAUGUCAGUUACGAGUUUCUGUCGCAAACCUUGGGCUGCACAUUUAGCGCGAUUGUUGGAAACACAACUGAGUGUUAAAACGAUCAAAAUGAAGUACUGUUAAAACCUGGUACCUUAUAUUUGAAAACAGUCACUACUUUACUUUGAACGUUUACAAAAAACAACACAAUAAUAAUUUCUAAUUCUAUUUCACUUAACGACGAAAUGCGUCACAUACUACUUAUGUCGACAGACAUAAGUAGCAUACACCACAGUAGAGCAUAAAAGUCAAUGAGAUUACUAGGACAUUAUUCUUAACGGUACACGCAAUUCUACUUCCUUAGUUCAAAUGCAAAACUUUUACAGAAAACAAAAAAGCUUAUUAAACAGAUAUCAAUCUGACACAUUCUCAAGUAAUUUAUCGAAUUCAUUUACGCUGAAGUAGGUUCGACAACAUCUUAAAGGAUUAACGCUCUAUAAAAGAAAGUAAAUGUAACGAACUGAAACCAAGCUAACUGAUUGGUGAGAUUUUUCAUUAAUCCAUACCUUGAAAAGUUAUUUCAGUUCAAAAUGAUCUGACUUCUACGCCACUGAAUCUAAGUAUGUCCAUUCUUACCCCUGUGUAUGUCGGAGCAGUCUCUACAAAAUUGCGAAUGUAAACAUUUACUUUAUAUAUUUAUAUACAGGUUGAAACCCCUUCAAACAUACCUGCUAGUGAACGGUUUGUAAAGUACUGUGGUCUUCCUCGUUUCCAAGGUAGCGUGUGGCCAGCAGAAAAGAAUUGGUUACCCAAACAUUAUCAAAAUAUCGCUUGCUUCAGAAACUAUCACCGUAAUAGGCGUACUAUGAUUCGUUAUAUUGAACAAAAAUUAGCAGACUUUCAAUCAGCAUAUAAAUCAACAGGGAACGUCUUCAAGUGCAUUCCGUCUGGUGUAGAUGUCGAGCUUCUGCUACAGCCCGUUUCACGGGAUCUUGGUGAAUCGAUAUUGUCUCACCACACGUUCCCUCAACCUAACGAAGCCAGAAAACCUUCUGAUCCGAGACCUCAUCCACUUAUAGUUUGGUCACUCUUACCUCAUGAAACUCAAAUGUCAGUCUGUCAUUUUACAAUGUUUCGGCGUGCUUCCGCUAUCCACGCUGUUUCAGAUUUGGUGGUUAUUGCAAACGCUGCAAAUAAAAUUACCGAGUCAUCAUCAAAAGAUAAUGGGAUUUGUGCGCUAGAGUUUGGUGAGGAGGCUUCAACACAGGUAGAACGAGAAGAUAAGUCAAUACAUGAUGCCCUCAUUAGUCACCGUUACAAAAUCGACGGAAAAAAAAGUGGAAAAGCGCUAUACGAUCCAAAGAUGCCUAUACCUCUUGAAGCGGAACCAAUUAAAUCGAAAGAUCUGAUGCUUAUUCAGGCUGGGAUUCGGCGUUUUGUGGCAGCUCCGAUUUAUUCUACACCUAGUAAUCCUCGUGAAAAAGCUAAAUUUGAGUCGUUUUUUCCUGCUUCAGAAAGUUCCACUGUAGCGACUGUUUAUGCACCAGUGAUGUAUUCUCCUGUUAAUGUUUUACAGUUUAGGAUCAGAGUAACAGAGGAUGAAGAUGGGGAACUAUCUUCACCAUACGUCGGUGAAUUGGUGGCAACAGGGUCUCUGAGAUCAGUCGACCCCAGUCAUUUAAUUAUCAAGAGGAUUUUUUUGUCAGGUCAUCCAUACAAGAUUAACCAGCGUCAUGUAGUUGUCCGAUAUAUGUUCCACAAUCCAGCGGACGUGCUUCAUUUUCAGGUAAUCCUAUUUUAUCCUAUACAGUUAUCCCCUAACUCUGUUGGAGGGGCUGAAAAACCCUUUCCUACUUAGCGCCUCGAUUUAGAGGAUUUAUCAUUCAGCUCAACAGCUGGUAAAUAAUUUUAAUUUCUCUAGUAUCCAACAUGCUAGUCACCUUUUUAAAAUGGUUUUCUGAUUGAUAUUAAAUUUGUGUCUGACUUUUCAUUUCAGCCUAUACAGUUGCAAACAAAGAGCGGAGCUGUUGGGCAUAUAAAAGAACCUAUUGGAACUCAUGGUCAUAUGAAAUGCGUUUUCGACCGACCUAUUCUAGCAAAUGAUGUAGCUUUAAUGCCUUUGUACAAGCGAGUGUUUCCAAAAUAUGUUUACGAACCAGUAGUUUCUAAAUACCUCGACAAUAACGAUAGAAGCAAUGAUUAUGUUGUCGCUAACAGCGGUCACUCCAGAUAUGUAAGCUCAGAUGUACUUCAACUAACAAAAAAAAGUAUUUCCAGUGCUUCACAGGAGAAAAUGGACCAAGACGAAUCAGCCUUAUUUGCUUAAUAUAAUUUGUAAAUACUA